AUGGCCAAGCAAAAGGGUAACGCUGGCAUACAAAACCGGCAUAUUUACUCAAGGGCAUCGUAUCUUUACCAGGCGGCCAGCUAUCUGGCAAACUGCGCCCAUCAAACAAAAAAGUCAACCAGGACUGAAGAUAACCAGGAUGAUACAAAAAAAGACGAACAGCCCGCCGCGGUAGAUGGCGAUGGCUUUACACACAGCAAGCAGGAGCGCAAGGCAAUAAUCAACUUGUCUCACCAAGUCAUCUCAGACAUGAGAUCGGUGUCGCUGAAGGCUCAGAUCCGGCAAGCCCCAGCCAUUAAGCAGACGGUCUGCAAAUACUGCGAUGCUGUCCAGAUUGAAGGCAAGACGUGCCAUUCUACCGUGGAGAACCGCAGCAAAGGCGGCAGAAAGCCAUGGGCGGAUAUUCUGGUUACUCGGUGCGACACAUGCGGAAACGUGAAGCGGCAUCCCAUCAGCGCGCCGAGACAGAAAAGGAAGUCGCUUCGG